GGACGGAGGCGAGAGGACUCUGGGCCAAGACCAAACUCAGGCCACCUCUACCAUCUAGCAAGUGCAAAUCACCAAGCGUCGGUCCUCCAGAGGGACUCUGCUGGUACCGGAGGACUGGCGCUCAUGCAAUUAUGGAGCUUUCCACUCGUACUUGUCAUGCAACUUGCAGGGAACACAUGAAAAAGCUGUCGACGUUGCCACAACCAACUUGUAUCGAAGCUACCUUGCUCGUCCGAUGCUCUGGUUCCCCGGACUUCGGCUCGGCGCACUAGACACUUCAAGCUUUGUGCCGACACCUCUAAUGCAAAAUUCUGCCUUGAACCAAGUGGGUUUUUGUUUUCCUUCAUCGACAUUCGAUCGACAGUCUGGUUAGCGCCAACAACGGCCAUGCUGGGAAGCGGGCAACUGUUGACCUUCGAGGAGGCCUAGCCCCGGAGGCACCAUGAGCAGGUUGCGUUUGCUCGGCCUCGAUAGUACUAAGCCGUCUUCGUCUGGCGUGCUCGUUCCGACCACAUGCAUUGAGUACGGACCUAUCUCAAUGGUACUUGGUGCAUGCAGCCCCUCUUCUGGUUCAGAUUUCAUGCUUCAGGCACUACAGAGUACAUCCAUUCAAUUCCCGUCGCCCCCUCACCCGCAGAUCCAAGGCGAUCGUGGCAACCCGGAGUCGUCCGUCUUUUAGCAGAGCUCAAGGGCCAGCCUCGGCCUCGUUCGCUUUCUAUCUAGUGUUCCCUUAGCACCACACCGCCGUCGGACCUCCUGAGACUUCUCCCAUGCCAAAGUCCAAUACCCACACUAGUGGUGGUGACCUAGGAUUCCUCAACUGCACCUUGUGGAACUUUUUUUGCCAAAACAUGGUAAAUUCCAAGUUCCCAUGCGGUCUCGGGCUGGAGUCGACCUCGCUUGUCCCAUCGUGCGUCGCACCAGAACCGUUUCGUGGUAGAGGGACGUUCAUGGACGUUUGCAAGGAGAGAAGAUGUCCUCCUGCCAAGGUGUCGGGCGGUGGGCAGACCCGGCGGUGGAAGGACAAAAUGAGCAGCGUCACCAAACACGUUGUGGGCCAACGACAGCUCGAGCCAAGAGGAGCUCAACACCAACAACCAGAUCUUCGUGAGCACGAGCAUUGAGAUUAAAGACGAGGACGAGGCCGACCGCGCCGCCAGUCGAAGGGAAGCCGGUUACCACUACCCCAGGAGCCCAGUUUGAAACCCUCUACCACAAACCCCCUCCGCGCGAAGGAAGUGGCGCAGACGGAUUUGCAUAGCCAGAACCUACAGCUGUAUCUCACACUUGCCCCUCGAGGGACAGAAUGGCGAUAACGAGCAGACAAGGAGUUGACGAUUCGAAGAAUGCCACAGAGUUUGUUUGUCAUGGUGUCUGGGCCUAGACCUACCUGUCUUUGUCUUUUGGCCAUCAUCUACCUCUGAGACAAGCUUGGCCUUGCUGUGGAAAUGGGAAACAGGCCGCCGUCCCUGUCGGAGCAUUUGGCGUCGUGGGCUUUGGCGCGAGACAACAGUGGCAAGUGUAUGGGUAGACUGACGAUACGCAGCACACACACACACACGACAUGUUUUAGGAGUUGUUGCAAUGCAAAAUGGGCGCUCGGGUCCCCGUUCUGAAUAAUGAG